CUUGAGAGAGCCCUUAUACGUGGAACAUCAGCGGGAGCAACCUAUCGUCUGGUCCCGCUGUUAAAAUUUCUGCUUUUCCCACGUAAAAAGCAGAAUUAGCGGUUUCAAGAAUUAUUUAUAGUUAACGUGUAUAUAUAUAAAAUAGAAAACCUUUAAAAUGUCCUACAGAAACAGCAGACGGUCUCGCUCCCGUUCUCGUUCCCGCGACCGUGACCGUGAUCGUGAUCGUGAUCGGGAUCGUCGUCGUGACAGGGAUGAUGGGUGGAGCGGUGCGCGAAGUGGUGGUGGUGGAGGCGCUGGCGGAUAUGGAGGAGGAGGGUAUGGAGGUGGUCGACCGUCCUUGAAGGGAAGGCAGCCAGGUGAGCGUUUGCGGAAGCCGAAGUGGGACCUUUCCAGACUAGCCCCUUUCGAGAAGAACUUCUACCAGCCAACACCACAAGUCCUAAACAGAUCACCGUACGAAGUAGAACAGUAUAGAAAUGAGAAAGAAAUCACAUUAAGAGGAAAAAAUAUCCCAAAUCCAAUUCAGUACUUCACAGACUACAACUUCCCAGAUUAUGUGAUGGCUGAAAUUCGUAGACAAGGGUAUGAAAUUCCAACUCCAAUUCAGGCACAAGGGUGGCCCAUUUCUCUUCAGGGAAGAGAUUUUGUGGGUAUUGCACAGACUGGCUCAGGGAAAACUUUAGGUUAUAUCCUACCAGCAAUUGUACAUAUAAAUCACCAACCAUACUUGGAGCGAGGAGAUGGCCCCAUAGCACUUGUCUUAGCACCAACCAGAGAACUUGCCCAACAAAUUUUAACAGUUUCACAGGAUUUUGGAACAUCCUCUAAGAUCCGUUCUACGUGUGUAUUUGGAGGUGCACCGAAGGGACCACAAAUUCGUGACUUGGAGAGAGGAGUUGAGAUCUGUAUAGCCACACCUGGAAGACUUAUAGAUUUCUUAGAGGCCAGUAAAACAAAUCUUCGACGAUGCACUUACCUAGUUUUAGAUGAAGCUGAUCGUAUGCUCGACAUGGGUUUUGAGCCUCAAAUAAGAAAGAUAGUAGAUCAGAUCAGACCGGACAGACAAACAUUGAUGUGGUCUGCUACGUGGCCCAAGGAAGUUCGGAAUCUUGCUGAAGAUUUUCUCAAAGAUUAUAUUCAGCUCAAUGUUGGCUCUCUAUCGUUAAGUGCAAAUCACAACAUUCUACAGAUCGUUGAUGUUUGUCAAGAAAUUGAAAAAGAUACAAAACUCCGGCAGCUCCUUGAGGAAAUCAUGGCAGAAAAGGAAAGCAAGAUCAUCGUGUUUGCUGAAACAAAAAGAAAGGUGGACGAUUUGACCAGGCGAAUGAGACGUGAAGGGUGGCCUGCCAUGUGUAUCCAUGGUGACAAAUCACAGCAAGAGAGGGACUGGGUGUUGAGUGAGUUUCGGUCUGGGAGAGCGCCCAUAUUAGUCGCCACGGAUGUUGCUGCUCGUGGUCUAGAUGUGGAUGAUGUGAAGUUCGUGAUCAACUACGACUACCCAUCAUGUUCAGAGGAUUAUGUUCACCGAAUCGGUCGAACUGGGAGGUCUGACAAGACUGGAACAGCGUAUACUUUCUUCACUGCAGACAAUUGCAAACAAGCUAAAGAUCUGAUAGAUGUGUUAAAGGAAGCAAACCAGGUUGUUAACCCACGACUGUUCGAAAUCAUGGAAAUGUCUCGCCAUGGUGGCGGCAAAGGUCGAACUCGCUGGAGGGGCCGUGACGAUGACAGAAGGGGAGGUUAUGGCCGCGACCGUGACCGCGACCGCGAUCGUGACCGUGACCGUGACCGCGGUCGUAUGGGUGGCGGAAGGAAUGGCUACACCAAUGGAAAUGGUUAUGGUACGUCUCACCAGAGGGCUGGAGGAUUUAACCAGUAUGGAAGCGGAGGCAAAAGCAAUUACACGCCUAAUGGUGUGGGUGAGAGCCGAAGCCGAUAUGGCGGUCCUCCUCCUCUAAUGGGUACUGGUCCUGCCAAAGGAAGUAUGAGCCAAACAGGUGCCUCAGGCCAGAUGAAUGGCCCCCAGCGUCCAGCCGUCCAGAAUCAGGGAAACAACAUGGCAUUGAUGAACCAAGCCGCCUCCAUGGGUGGUACAGUUAAUGGUGGCCUCGGCAUGAUGGGGGCCAUGCCUGGUGCACUUUCCUGGCCGCGGCAGUAACCCCGCGGCUUCCCUAGUCAAGCUCCUGCCUCCUGCUCUCCAGCUGGGGCCUUGCCAAGUGGCCGCCUCAACUGUUGCUUCGGCGACUUCAUCACCGUAACAAGUGUCAACUGAUCCUCUCGGUCUUUGUAACUUAAACUGAUGAUGGGGCCUCACUUGGCAAGGUUUCUCGUCAUAGGUGUAUUUAAUAUAGUUUUUUUCUUUAUCUUUUGUAUUUUGCACAGAAUUGGAGUUUCCCAUUCCAACAUGCUGAUGUAGUCUGUAAAUGUGAAUUUUUUUAAUUUUUUUUUUUUUAAGAGCAUGGCAUGUUUGGCAAGUGAGGUGUUCUAUUCAGUAGUUACCAAUACAGUAGUUAGAGUUUACCAUUGACGCUGUUGGUAUCUUAUUACAGCUUACUGAAGGAUGGGCCUGAGGUGAACGCAAACUUCUGCACCAUCUCCCUUUCUAGGAGUUAGAGAAGUUGCGCACGAAUACCACUGGUAGUCAAGGGUAGGGAAAGUUCAAGUCAAGUCACCCCAUCAUAACAAUCCAUCUUCGCCAUUCCUCCUUAUCGACAAGACUGCUGUCCGCUUAGCCAACGACGUCACUGUUAGUAAACCUCACUGUCCAAAAGCCAGUUGAGUUUGAAUAUCAGCAUGUCGUUGAGUAAAGAUCUUUAGUUUUCCUUUUUAACCAAAAAUUCCAUUGUAAGUUAGGAAAUUUUUUCCUAUUUUCUUUAAAUGUUUAGAGGAUAUUAUUUUUUUGAUUCUAAAGAAACUAUAUGUAUGGACCAAGAAAAUACUUUGUAAACCCUGAUUAAACAAAGUUUGAAAUA